AUGGCCUCUUCCAAAACAUCCUGGUCUGAAGAGCACUUUUCAUGUUCCAUCUGUCUGGAAGUGUUCAACAGCCCCGUUUCCACACCAUGUGGACACAACUUCUGCAGAACCUGUAUUACAAAGUUCUGGGAUGACAAAGUCCAGCACAAAUGUCCUGUUUGCAACCAGACUUUUCCCACAAGACCUGAUUUACAGGUCAAUACCUUCAUAUCAGAGAUGGUUGAUCACUAUAGAAAGUCUGUACUGGUAAAAGAGCAGCCUUGUGUUGGACCAGGAGAAGUUCCCUGUGACGUCUGUACUGGAACUCAGCUGAAGGCUUUGAAGUCCUGCCUAAUGUGUCUUAUCUCCUACUGCCAAACCCACCUGGAGCCCCAUCAGAGAGUUUCCGUUCUGAAGAAACAUCAGCUGGUUGAGCCUAUGGACCGUCUGGAAGACCGGAUGUGUAAGAAACAUCAACAGCUUCUGGAGCUCUACUGCCAUACUGAACAGGUGUGUGUGUGUCUGUCCUGCACAGAGAUGGACCACAAGUCCCAUCCUGUUGUACCCCUAAAGGAGGAAUAUGAAGUAAAGAGAGCCAAGCUGGAGAAGAUAGAGUCUGAAGUUCAGCAGAUGAUCCAGGAGCGACAACGAAAGAUUCAGGAGAUCAAAGACACAUUCAAAUGCAGCAGAGCUGACGCAGACAGAGCAAUAGCCGAUGGUGUGCAGAUUCUCACUGCUCUGAUGCGCUGCAUUGAAAAGUGCCGUGAUAAUCUCAACCAAACUAUUAAAGAGGAACUGAAAUCCACAGAGAAACAAGCUGAAGGCCUCAUCAAGGAGCUGGAGCAGGAAAUAGAAGAUCUGACCAAUAGAAGCUCAGAGGUGAAGCAGCUCUCACACACUGAAGACCACCUCCACUUCCUCCAGACCUUUAGAACCCCGAGGAAUCCUCCACCAACCAGGGACUGGACAACGGUGGAGUUCCAUCCUCCGUCAUUCUUAGAGACCUUGAGGAGAUCCCUGGAUCAGCUGGAGGAAACACUGAACCUGGAUAUGAAGAAGCUGCCUGUCUUGAAAUCAACUCUAACUAAGUGUAAGUGUCAUCACAACACAAUGAUGAAAAUGAUGCUUGACAUCAUGUUUCUUAUGAAAAUGUGUAUUGUCCAAGAGCCAAAUCAAGUCUGUCAAAAUGAACGUGUUAUUUUUUGGGGACCUAAGGAACCACAUUUUGCCACAUUUUUGGUUUGGCUGACCAAUUUCAAUGAUGCCUUUGAACUCACACUGGACCCAAACACAGCCCACAGACUACUCUCUCUGUCUGAGGACCACAGAACGGUGACGAUGGUUGGAGGGGUCAAGUCGUAUCCGGAUCACCCAGAGAGAUUUGAUUCCCGGUCCCAGGUGCUGUGUAGAGAGGGUCUGACUGGCCGCUGUUACUGGGAGGUAGAGAAGAAAGGACGCAUUUCUAUAGGAAUGACUUACAGAGAAAUCACAAGGAAAGGAAAGGCUAAUGACAGCAGGCUUGGAGGGAAGAACACGUCCUGGAGUCUUCAAUGUUCUGAUGAUGGUGUAUACAUUCCCCGGUACAACAAUAGUGUAACAGAGAUACGUCUCCCCCCCGCUGGAUCUAACAGAGUUGGAGUGUAUCUGGACCGGCCUGCUGGCACUCUGUCCUUCUACAGAGUGUCCCCAGAUGUAGGAGGGUCCUCAGACACACUGACACACAUCCACAACUUCAAGUCCACCUUCACCCAGGACCUCUACCCUGGGUUUGUGUUAGGCCCUGAUUCCUCAGUGUGUCUGUGUCGUUCGUAUUGACACACACACA